CGCAGACGUAAGAGACACGGGCCUCAGAGGGAACGGGAUCGUUCGCGAACAGCCGAAGCCCGAGUCCUCUCGCCUCCCCCAUUGCCCCUCUGUCUCUCUCUCUCUCUCUCUCUCUCCGUCCGGCGUUGGAGAGAUGGCCGCACCUCUGCGCCGAUCAUUCUCCUUCUUGGCUCGCCUUACUCUCACCCGUUCUGUUUCUCUCUCCCAAACGAGAUCGCUCGCGUCGGACGCCCUCGUCGAACUCAGGCCCGGCGAGAUCGGGAUCGUUUCCGGCGUUCCUCGAGAGCACCUCCGGCGCCGGGUCAUAAUAUAUUCACCAGCUCGGACUGCAACCCAGCAAGGUUCCGGAAAAGUCGGAAAGUGGAAAAUCAAUUUUGUGUCAACCCAAAAGUGGGAAAAUCCAUUGAUGGGCUGGACUUCCACUGGAGAUCCCUAUGCCAAUGUAGGUGAUGCAGGUUUAGCCUUUGACAGUGAAGAAGGUGCAAAAGCAUUUGCUGAGAAGUAUGGAUGGGAUUAUGUGUGGCAGAAUACACACCUAGUUGAAGAGUGCACACCGUAUCCAGGGCAAGGGCAUACAGGGAUGGAGCAGGGGCAUAUAGCACUGCACCAAGAAACUAAAGGCAGCUUUAGAUGGUGAGAAAGCCUCACACACCUCUUUUAAAGCCCAAAUCCUAUUCAGACAAUUUCAAGUGGAAGGGUCCACCCAAAACCGAAGAACGGUAGUUGUAUUAUUUCCUUGAUGCUGGGAGACAGGCAAAAUUUCAAGGUCCUGCUCUGUCAUUGUAGUAGUCCGGUUUGUGGUCUGCCAUGUGUCCACAAUAAUGGCGUCCAAGUCAAACAUGCAAGUAAACAUUGGUUUUUCACAGUAAAAUAUAACUGCAAACUCAUUUACCUCUA